AUGAGGAACAUUGUGGUCCUGGGCGGCAGCUCCCACCCGCAGCUCACCGAGACCAUCUGCAACCACCUCGGCAUACCCAAGGCCAAGGUGCUCCUCGACAAGUUCAAGGGUGGUGAGACGCGUGUCGAGAUCGAGGAGAGUGUACGAGGAAAGGAUGUCUUCAUCAUCCAGUCCGGCGGCGGUAAAGUCAACGACCAUCUGAUGGAACUUCUCAUUACCAUUUCGGCCUGCCGCACCGCCUCGGCCAAGCGCAUCACCGCCGUCCUGCCUCUCUUCCCCUACUCGCGCCAGUCGGACAUUCCCUACAACAAGACCGGCGCGCCCCUCUCCAAGGUGCCUGGCACGCGCUCGAGGACCGGCACGUACACGUUCGAUUCGCGACCUCAGACGCCCUUCCCUGGGCAGGCGGAAAGCGCAGGUCUCACCAAUGGCUCGGCCGCGCUGCACCACCAGCUCAGUAGGAUGAAGCUCGACGAGCGCAACGGCGGCCGCACCGAUCCUACAAGCCCGGUCAAGCAGAAUGGCAUCAAGCGCACCGAGACGCUCGACUCGAGCAGUUCCGGCAAAUCCGACAAGGGCGCAUACUUCAAUGGUGACCAUGGAGCCAACGGCACCAACGGCUCAGUUGCUCCAACACCCGGCAUCACGCGCGCGCCGACAACUACAAAGCCUCCUGCCUUCGAGCCUCAGGUUGGAUACCGCCAAUGGGUCGCUCAGGCCGGUACCCUUAUUGCGGACCUUCUGACUUGCGCUGGCGCCGACCACGUUAUCACGAUGGAUCUCCACGAUCCCCAAUACCAGGGCUUCUUUGACAUCCCCGUGGACAACUUGUACGGCCGCCAUCUCCUCCGCAAAUACAUCCAGUUCAACAUCCCGAAUUACCAACAAGCUGUGGUAGUUUCUCCCGACGCUGGAGGCGCGAAGCGCGCGACCGCCAUUGCCGACGCCCUCGGCAUGCCCUUUGCGCUUAUCCACAAGGAGCGCCGCCCUACCCAGAUCAACGACCGACAGAACGCGACCAUGAUGUUGGUGGGAGACGUUCGGGAGCGCACAACUAUCUUGGUCGACGACUUGGCGGAUACAUCCAACACCAUUACCCGCGCGGCAAAACUCCUGAAAAAGGAGGGCGCUACGCAGGUGAUUGCGCUCAUUACACACGGUAUCCUGAGUGGAGAUGCUAUCGAGCGCAUCAACGCUAGUGCACUGGACAAGGUCAUUGUGACCAACACGGUGCCCCAGGAGGAUCACAAGAGCCGGUGCCCCAAGUUGGAGGUCCUCGAGGUCGGCAACGUGUUUGCUGAGGCUAUUCGACGCGUCCACCACGGCGAGAGCAUUAGCGUGCUGUUCGACUACAGUUAG